AUGGCGAUCACCCCAUACAAAAGUCCCUUGAGACUCAACGGUAACCAAGACACCUUUAUUCAAAUGCGCGCACAGAUAGAAAAUCCCCAUGGAUCUACAGCGGAUUUGCAACGAGCCCCUUCCACAGAUGAGACUACCGACAAAGCCUCGUGGCGGUCUCUCUUCUUCUUCACAACUCGGAAGCACAGCUUGGUAAUCGUUAUUGCUGUAUUCUCGUCUCUUCUCUCUGCGCUUCUCAAACCAGCAUUGGCAAUCUUCUUUGGCAAGAUCUUCUCCAAUUUCACGAAGUUCGGGCUGGGGGUUAUGAGUGGCCCUGAGGCCCUGAUUGCGAUAUCAAGAUGGUGCAUUGCGCUUGUCUCCUUGGGUGGAGCAGCGUGGUUGAUUGAAGGGGUGUUCCUAUCUUCAUGGAUGGUGUUUGGAGAGCUUCAGGCGAAGAGUGUGCGCGAGCAAAUGUUUGUUGGUUUGCUGGAUAAAGAGAUGGAGUGGUAUGACUUACGGCAAGAUGGUAGCGGGUCUUUGUUGAUCAGACUACAAACUCAGAUCCAAGAGUUCCAGAUGGGCGUCUCUCAACCAAUGGGCUUCUUGGUUUACGAAGUAUUCGGAUCCCUUGCGGCACUCGGACUUGCAUUCUUUUACUCAUGGAAAUUGACUCUCGUUAUUCUCGCAGCUUUUCCUGUUGCCGGUAUAAUGUUCUUCCUUGUCUCACUGAAACUCAGCCCCGCCAUCGAAGCACAAAAGCGAGAUCUCACAAUUGCUUCUAAAUACGCAAACACGGCUAUAACAGCUAUUAAUACUGUCAAAGCAUACAAUGGACAAGAUCAGGAGGUCUGGCAAUACUAUGACACAAUCAAGAAAGUUGCUGCUAGCUACCUGAUUCAAGCCAGGUGCAAUGCAUUGCAAUUUGGAAUCACAAAAUUCCUCACGAUUGGAAUAUUUAUUCAGGGAUUUUGGUUUGGACUUGUGCUGGUCAAGGAGGGAUUAGAUCCAGGCUCUAUUCUCACAACGUUCUACGCAUGUUUGGCUGCAAUGCAGGGUCUGGAGACAGUUCUGCCCCAAUGGUUGGUGUUGAAGAAGGGCAUGUCAGCUGGACAAGCCCUGAAGGCAAUCAUGAUACAUGUUAAGCACGGCCGUGUCGUUAAAAACAGUGUUGGACUCUUACUGCCAGACAAUUGUGAAGGGGAUAUUGAAGUCAAGGGGGUUUCAUUCGCCUAUCCUUCAAAUAGUCAGCAAUAUGUAUUAAAUGAUGCGGACUUCUUUUUUCCAGCUGGUGAAACCACAUUUAUUGUCGGCACCAGCGGCUCUGGGAAAAGUACAUUGAGCAACUUGCUCAUGAAAUACUACGAACCAACCCAUGGAGAGAUAUUGAUCGACGGCAACCCGAUUCGCACGCUCGAUUCAGCCUGGCUUCGACAGAACAUUACUUUGGUUCAGCAGCAGAGUGUUCUCUUCAAUGAGACAGUUCUACAGAAUAUCGAGUUUGGCAAAAAUGAGCCAGUGUCGCGCCAGGACAUCCUUCAAGCAACCAGGACUGCUGACCUUGAACAAACUCUCCUCGACCUUCCCGAUGGCCUUCAUACUCCAGUCGGAUCGAAUGGAAAGUCUCUUAGUGGUGGCCAGCAACAAAGAAUUGUACUGGCACGAGCAAGGUUACGAGACGCUCCGAUCGUCAUCUUCGACGAGUCCACUAGCGCUCUGGACCAGUCAAGUAGAGAGAAAGUUGCGAAAACAAUACGUGAAUGGCGCAGAGGGAAGACUACGAUAGUCAUCACACACGACAUCUCGCAGAUUCUGGAUGACGAAUACGUCUACGUCCUCGAGCACGGCUUGGUUGUGCAAGAAGGCUACCGUAAAACGCUUGCCGACAAGAAGCAUGGAACCUUUGCUUCCUUUCUGUCGGAAGUCCAGACGCCAGAGCUCGACACGACUAUGGCUAAAACCCGGUGGAACUCCAAACCAGACGCGCCAACCUGCCCGACAUCACCAGUAGGAGACUUCGAUGAGACAGUACCUCGUCAAGAAGGAUAUAUUUCUAAGCUUCUCGGCAUACAGCAACCAAGUCCCAAUGUAUUCAGUUUAGCUCCUGGUACUCCUGCAGUAAUUCUAGGGGGCGGAGCAGCACAUGCGAAUGUCUUGCUGGCAGACAAUAUUUGGGCCACGCCUUUAAGAGCCAAUAAAGGGAGUUUUGAAACAUUUUACUCCAGUGAGCCGAGAAGGUCUGACUUCGAAUUAAUGAAACCAUCAAUCCUCCAGCAAGAAACGGUGAAGCAACAGCCACCACUAUCUAUUAAUGGCUCCCAAAGUCUACAUCCAUCCCUAACUUCUGCUGUGGGUACAAAAAAGCAUCAUGUACGACCACCUGUAAUUGAUGCGGCAGUACCAGUCGGCCUGGUUGAGUCUAGUCCGGUGGAAAUGACGAUCCUACAAGUACAAGAGUCAAAAACAAGUUGGAGCAGUCUAGCGAAGAGGAAGCCAGCCACAUUGAGGAGAAUCUUUGGCACUAUUUGGCCAACUUUGAAAUGCCGAGAGCGGUGUGUCUUCAUCUUUGGCUUUGCAACUGCAUUGAUUGUUGCAGGUGGAACACCUGCUUUUGCCUACGUGCUUUCGAAGCUCCUUCAGGUAUACUAUCUCAGAGAAAACAGAGAGGAAGAAGCUUUGAGGUGGGCUCUGGCACUGCUUGCUAUCGCCACGGUAGAGGCGCUUGCGACAUUCUGCUCACACUAUUCACUUGAAUACAGCGGACAAGCAUGGGUUAAUGCUUUACGGGUCGAAGCUCUGAAGCGUAUCAUGGCCCAGCCAAGGUCCUGGUUCGACAAAGAGCGGAACUCCCCAAGUAAAUUUAACGAGUGUCUUGACAGGAAUGCUGAGGAGAUGCGCAACCUCAUCGGCCGAUUUGCUGGACCAAUAUUUACGACUUUCUGGAUGCUGGCCGCUUCCAUUAUUUGGGCUUUUAUCAUCAGCUGGAAGCUUACACUGGUCGCCAUGGCAUGUGGUCCCGUCUUGUAUGCCGCGACCAGAGCUUUCAACUGGGUCAGUAGCAAGUGGGAGAAUAAGAGCAACCGUGCUUCUGACUAUACAAGUAGUAUCUUCACAGAGACAUUUGCCAACAUUCGAGUCGUUCGGGCUCUGACACUUGAGAACCACUUUAGAAGGAAGCACAGCAAAGCCACAAGCGAGACAUACAAGACUGGGGUCUUCCGAGCGCUAUAUUCCGGUACUUUAUAUGGUCUGGCAGAUACUCUCAGCUAUAUGGUAACAGCAGUGGUUUUCUACUACGGAACCAUAGUCGUAACAAAACGAGAACUCCCUGUUUCAUCGGUCAUGGAAGUCGUCAAUCUCCUCCUCUUUGGUAUCGCCAACGCAGCCUCUAUGAUGAAUCUAGUACCGCAAAUCAACACGUCCCGCACAACAGCAACACACAUGCUCUACCUAGCUAACCUUCCCUUGCGCGGCUCUCACGAGACUGCAGGAUCAAGACGUGUCGCCAAUCCAUUCCCAAUUGUGCUCAACAACCUAUCCUUUACCUACCCUGGAAGACGGAAAACUCUCUCGGGAAUCUCUUUGACUCUCGCAGCUGGGUCUUGCACAGCACUUGUCGGUCCUUCCGGGUCAGGGAAAAGCACCAUCGCCUCCCUCCUCCUAGGACUCUACUCGCCAGAUACUCCUCGCCGGCCAGACCACCCUCCUCCUCUCACAUUCAAUAAUAUCCCCGUUAAUGAAUGCAACAUCUCUAACGUCCGUUCCUUCAUAUCUUGCGUACCUCAACAACCUCACCUUUUCCCCUCAUCGAUCCUCUCUAAUAUCAUCUAUGGUCUUGCCGAAGGUUCUCCAUUCGCCAACGUCGAAGCUGUGAGUCGUGCUGCUGAAGAGGCGGGGAUUCAUGAUUUUAUCAUGAGCCUGCCGAAUGGCUAUUUGACGCUUAUUGGAGAGGGUGGAAUGGGAUUGAGUGGAGGGCAGGCGCAGAGAAUAGCUAUUGCGCGGGCAUUGGUGCGUCAUCCGAAAGUCUUGAUCCUCGAUGAAGCGACCUCAGCCUUAGAUGCGGUGAGCGCAGAAGCUGUGCGGGAUACAGUGAGGAGGAUUCUAGAGCGUGGUCGAAAAUCCGGAGGGGGCGGUAUGGCGGUUUUGAUCAUUAGCCAUGGUGUUGAGAUGAUGCGGAUUGCAAGCGAAGUGGUGGUUAUUGAGGAUGGGAAAGUCGUAGAGUGCGGUGGGUUCGAAGAGCUGAAAAGUAGGGGUGGGGCGUUCUCGAGGUUGAUUGGUACAAAGGUGAAGCCUGGUGAUGUGGAACAGAAGGAGCCUAUGACGCCUGUCAAAGGACUGGGGAGGAAUAGGGAGAGUUGGGCUUGGAUGCGGAAGAAUAAUGCGUAA